GUGGUGGCAGAGGAGGAGCUGCUGAAGGCUGACAUUAAAGGAGACACUCAGGAAGCUGAGCUUCUCAUCCUGGAUGAGUUUGCUGUCCUCUGUAGAGACCUGUACGCCUUCUACCCAAUGCUCAUCCGCUAUGUGGACAACAACAGGUAGUAUAACCCAGCCAACCUUUUCCAACACACACAUCUGUUGUUUAGGUUCGGGGAAAUCUGGAGGCCUUGACUCCAUUUUGACUGAAUUGAUUUAGAAUGAUGCCAUGUACUGUACUUGUAUGUAAUUAGAAUAAUUUUUAUUUAUCCUUUAUUUAUUUCAGGAGAUCAUAAUGAGAUUAGAUGGUUCCAAUCUUUCUAAUUUGGGAUUGGGACCUGCAGAUUUCCCCAUUGCAUAUCCUGGGAUCUAGGCUACAUAACACAACAGAUGGUUAUAGCUAUGGCCUCACCUCUUCUUUAGUCCACUUCUCAUGAAAACGUCUGUCAAACCCCCACCAGGUCCAGGUGGUUGAAGAGGCCUGAUGCUCAGUCCAACGAGCUCUUCACCAUGGUGGCGGAGAUCUUCAUUCUCUGGUGCAAAUCACACGUAAGACUUUUCACUUUAGAAUACUACAUACAGUAUGUUAAUUUAUUUUCAAGUUCUGUUUGAAGAUUGACAUUCUUCUUGUUUCUUUCCUUCUUUACCAUCUGACCCGUCGACAGAACUUCAAAAGGGAAGAGCAGAACUUUGUGGUUCAGAACGAAAUCAAUAACCUGUCUUUCCUGACUGGGGAAAGUAAGACCAAGAUGUCCAAGGUAAGGACGGAGCAGGAGUUAGUUUAGCCAGUAGUGAGUAAAGAAAGGCCUGCACAGAAGCUCUUUCCCUGUGGUUUUCCAGAAUUCCUGGUGGAAGCUUCCAGAGAUCCCUGCUUAUUCCCUCACAAUUCCAGGAAUCAUCCAACCAGGAUUUCUGAAAAACCUGAUUCUCUCUCUCUCUCUCUCUCUCUCUCUCUCUCUCUCUCUCUCUCUAUCUCUCUAUCUAUCUAUCUAUCUAUCUAUCUAUCUAUCUAUCUAUCUAUCUAUCUAUACAGUCAGGUGGUGACCAGGAUAGGAAGCACAAGAAGCGGCGUGGAGAGUUAUACUCUGUCCAGACCUCUCUGAUCGUAGCCGCCCUGAAGAAGAUGCUGCCCAUCGGACUCAACAUGUGCACCCCUGGAGACCAGGAGCUUAUAUCACUGGCCAAGAUACGAUACAGUCUGGUGAGAUACAGUACUAUCAUAUCCCUAAAGUCUUCAAUGAUCAUGUGAAGUAGCGUAUCGACGUGUGAUCACACUACGUCUGUAUUCACAGAUAGCCAGACCUAUCCCUAGCCAUUUUGGAAUGUUUUUAACCCACUCUCUCACUGAGAGUAAUUUCCCACUCCAUCCUGUUUCCCUCCAACAGAAAGACACAGACGAUGAGGUGAAGGAUCACUUGCGUGAGAACCUCCAUCUGCAGGACAAGGUAGGCUGGGGAAAUGUAAAAUGAUCUGUAAUUCCGCACGGUGUGUACUUUGUAUCUCCGCUGGUCAUUACUCUGUGCCCCAGUAGAGUUAAGUCUGUAACCUCAGCAGUACUCCUCCUCGUGUAUUCAGCAGACCAGGACAUUCAAAUGCAGCAGCAUUUGUAAACAUUUUCAGAUGUAGUUUCAGUGAUACCCAACUGAAAAAAAACACAAUCAGUUGUUGUUCUAAUGUUGAAGUGAUGUAACCAUUAUGAAUUGACAAAUUAUAUGUCACGUGUCUAACGCUUUGUGUGUGUGUUUUUAAAGUCUGAUGACCUGGCAGUGCAGUGGCAGAUGAACCUGUAUAAGGAUGUGGUGGUGGGGAGUGAGGAGCCUACAGACCCAGAACAAACUGUGGACAGAAUACAGAGCAUCUCUGCUGCAGUCUUCCACCUGGAGCAGGUACCCUACAGUCCACAGUUACCACUCUAUAAAGUCUGUUGUUUAUUACAUUAUUUUACCAUUGAGACGUAUGUCUCUUUUAAUUUUUUUUACAUUUUAGUCAUUUAGCAGACGCUCUUAUCCAGAGCGACUUACAGGAGCAAGUAGGGUUAAGUGCCUUGCUCAAGGGCACAUCGACAGAUUUUUCACCUAGUCGGCUCGGGGAUUAGAACCAGCGACCUUUCGGUUACUGGCACAACGCUCUUAACCACUAAGCUAACUGCCGCCCCCGGCAAGGUUGCCCUGUUUACAAACGUAGCAUCAAAUACAUAGUACAGAAUAAGGAUUUAGUAAUAGAAUUAUAACAAUCACAGUGUGGAUUAUAACAAUCACAGUGUGGAUUAUAACAAUCACAGUGUGGAUUAUAACAAUCACAGUGUGGAUUUUAACAAUCACAGUGUGGAUUGUAACAAUCACAGUGUGGAUUUUAACAAUCACAGUGUGGAUUUUAACAAUCAAAGUGUGGAUUUUAACAAUCAAAGUGUGGAUUUUAACAAUCAAAGUGUGGAUUAUAACAAUCAAAUGGUGGAUUGCAGACCGAUUGUGGAGCUUCAUCAUCUUUCAAUGAAAUGUGCAGUUGUGUGUCCUCCAGCUAGCUGUUGACAUGUGACACUGUUUCCGAGCAACCACCAAGGGGUUGUAUAUGUGAUGAGAACAGAAGUGGUCCGAGAACUAAGCCUUGAGGAACACCGAAAUGUUACCUUCGAUUUUUUCUGAGGAAUUUCCGUCCACAGAAGCACAUGUUUCCGUAAGACGUGAUGUUUUGCCCACUAGGUGGAGCAGCCUCUGAGGAUGAAGAAGUGUGUGUUCCAGAAGCUGCUGUCCAAACAGCGUAAACGGGCCGUGGUGGCCUGCUUCCGCAUGGCUCCACUCUACAACCUACCCAGGUAAGACAGGCCUCUAUCACACUUACUACUGAUGAGAAUUAGAGGUACGCUGAUGGAUAAAACUGGGGGCCUAAAUUGUCUCUGUCAACUAAAUGAGAUACGUAAAGGAAUAUGAGUUUGAGACUUUGUAACUGUGACAACUACCCCAGGAAAAAGUCCUCAGUCGUCAUUCGUGGUGCUUUUGUCUCCAUCAAAUCAAAUGUGACGUUACAGUCCUGUAUCACUCAGUGUCAUGCUAUUACUAGUGUAUCCACACACUAUCUCCGUCUCCACCUCCCUAACCUUGUCCUUCUUCUCUGUUAUUUCUCUCUGUUGCAUACCACCUACAACACCUUUUCCUCAGAUACAAAAUUAACAAUUACUUCCUGAACGGCUAUCGGUACGUUUGGCUGGAAAAGGCGUUCGCUGAAUCUAAUUUUGACCGCCUGUUCUCCGUGCUAACGGUAAUGUGAGACUCCAGGCUGAAUGCUAGCCUGAGUGUCAGCCUGUUUCUGCUCUGUUGCCAACUCCUCGUGGAAUUGUGUCAUGCCAAACAGACUGGCACCCAGGCUAGGCGAAUGCUUCAUCUCUCUUCCCUCCUCCAUCUUAUCCUCCAGGCUAUGGACUGAGCCACUACCUACCUCAGGUUUACUGCACUGUUGAUUCUGAUUGGUCAGCCUCAGCUAACAGCCAAUCAGUGGUCAAUCAAUGAGCAAUCCAGGAAGCAUUUUGCUUGUUUACAUAAAGAUCAUCAUUGUCAUUAUGUCUUAGAAUAUGGAAUGUUUUGUCUCAUGUGAUUUGAGUAACAUCAUGACUGUAUUUUUGUAGCUUUAUGUAUCAUUUAUUAACUGACAUAAUAUUUGAAUACAGUGUUUAGUGUUUUUAGAUAUACUGUAAUUUUAACCACAUCCUCAGCCAGUUUCUGUAUGCUAAUUAAGCCAUCAAGGAUGACCAGUCAGAAGAGCCAGUGGCUCCCACAUCGACCAAUCAUCACCCUGGAAUGCUCUUCCUUCCUGUUUCACCCUCACAUCUCUCCCUCCUUACUCCUCCCCCUUCCAAAAUCUACUUGGACACACCUUAACCUCAUUCUCCCAUCUUCCACUCCCUCUCUCCUCCUCUCAUCCCUCCUUCCCCAGGCAUCGUUCUAUUAACCUCUUCGUGUUGGGCUAUGUGAGACUAUGGAUAGAGACAGAGGAGUACUCCUUUGAGGAGAGGCUAGUGCAGGACCUGGCAGUAAGUACUGGGCAUAUUGCGGUGGUGUCUGCCACCCCCUCAGCCCUAGCCUCUGCCUUGCCCCCUGUGCCCUGUGUUGGCACCGCACCCCCACCAGCCCUCUCCGCCGACUGCCUCUUGAGCACGAUGCCCUCCGUCGAGCUUCGGGAUCGGGAUCGCUUCCCGGUCCGCCUGGGUCUGGGGACUUCGCCUUGGGCCCCCAGAGGUUCCCGAGGCCCCCGCGCUCUCUCUAGCUUUGUGGCUCGCUACCGACAGAGUCUUGACAGGCAUGACAGGCUCAACCUCAGGAGACUCAGUGGCAGCAAUGGCUCCGUCUCCGCAGCAAAGCAUGUGGCUACAAAAACAGGCUAUGGCAUUGGCUAUCUCACCACUACUACUACUACUACUACUACUACUGUGGUAAGAGGGGCGGCUAAAGCCCUCAAUAGGUGUUAGUUGUUUGAUGUCUGACGUCGACCCAACCAUCUAGAUGUUGUACGGUAUGGUCUCUGCUGUAACUGUAAGUCUGUAGUGAAGUGUUGAAGUGAUCAAGUGGAGUGUGAAGUGAAGUCUUCGGUGGCAUGCUCGCGCACAUCUCAGUCUGGAUUCAUACAGUAUUGUGACGAGUAUUGAAAUUCAUUGAUCUCACUGUAAAUAUAGUUGUGCAGUUGCAAGGAAGGUAAACAUAUUUAUACAGUACUGCAAAAUGUCAUAAAACAUGUCAGGGGAAGAAUGUACAAGAGCAGACCACGAUGUCAUUCAUCAUCAUCACCAUCAUCAUCAUCAUCAUCAUUGUCCACACACUGCAUUUAGUAGUGCUGCAUCUGUUGGACCAUAGUAGCCUGCUGCCCCAGUAUCUGUGUGUUAGAGAUGUCGACGGUGAGUGUGACGUCUCUCCUCUCUAACGCCCAGGAAGCUCCGAUUCAAACUCCCGUUAGACAGCUCUGCAAGCGUUAUACUGUCAAAAUACGUUCGUUACUCACCAAAUAUGGAGUUUCGCUGAGGAACUAUCUUCAUUUACUCCCGUUACUGCUGGUAUGUGCUUCCAAAAAAGGUGUUAAUACAAGCAACCGGAAAAAAACGCCUAUUCGGCACCUCCAAUGUAAAUCACUCAUGACUGCCACACAGUCGGAAGUCUACACCAGCUCAAUACAUUUGAGGUGCCGAAAAGGCAUAUUUUCAGUUGCUUGUACAUUUUUAUUUAGACAUUUCUUGGAAGUACAUAUUUGUUGAGUAACGAACGUAUUUUGACAUUAUACUCAUCAUCGACAUCUCUAACACACAGAUAUAAUGGGGCAGUUAGUCUGCAUGAUUUUUCAAUGACGGGUCCUGUUCAGUAGGGAGACAACAUUUUGAAUCCGAGUGAAAAGGAGAGGAAUUCCCCGUACUUAGAACACAGAGUUUUGUUUUCAAAAAGUUUUCCUACGGUGUGCCCUACUGAACAAUACUCUGGUCCAUUCAUUUGACAGUGUCCCGAUCCUUGUCCUUCUCAUGGAUACAAUCAUCAGUAAAAUCCUGAUCCGGCAUCAUUACCACCAUUACAGCCCUCAUCUGAGCAUGCCAGCAUGGGUUGUCCCAUAAACAGUGUGACUAUAACGGCCAUGAUGAUGCAUGUCCUGUUAAACAACCCAUUAGCCCACCUCUCUGACUCAGAGAUCAUAAACGUUGGACGUCGUCCAAAAAAGGUAAUGGCUUGAAGCUAUGCAGAAUAACUAAUAUAAUAUAAUGCGAUAGAUGUAGUGAGAGUUGAGUGGUGAGUAAAUGACAUGGUUUAGCCAGCAGCGGUGUGGUCUCUAUUGGAAAGGCCAGGUUAAGAACAGAACUAACCCCUGUCUCUUGCGGGUCGUCUGUGUAGAAAACCCCGAUGAAGAUCGUGGAGGAGGAGGAAGAGGAGGAGGUUGAGAUUCAGCCAGACCCUCUUCAUCAGCUUAUCCUCCACUUCAGCCACAACGCCCUCACAGAGAGAAGGUAAUGUAAGAGACUAAGAGAGGGAAUGACCAAUCUACCAAUGUUUCUUUAAUUUAACCUUUUAUUUUGACAGGGAGUCAAUCAACCAAUCACUCAAUCGAUCAAUUAAACAAUCAACCUAGUGAACAAGUGUUUUAUCCAAUCUUACUUAAAUACAUAAGAAUUGUGUUAGCUUAACCUAUUUGUGUUAUUUACUUUACUGACCUGAUACAAGUCAUGAUAAUAAUUAGAUAAUAUGUUCUUCUCUCCAGUUUCUUGGAAGAAGAUCCGUUAUAUAUUGCGUAUGCAGACAUGAUGGCAAAGGUACGCAACUGAGAAUUUGAGCACACUUUGGCUGCGUUUACAUAGGCAGCCCAAUUCUGAUAUUUUGCUCAACUAUUGGCAAAAUAUCUGAUCUGAUUGGACAAAAGUCAAAUUAGUGGCAAAAGAUCUGAUCUGAUUGGUCAAAAGUCCAAUUAGUGGCAAAAUAUCUGAUCUGAUUGGUCAAAAGUCCAAUUAGUGGCAAAAUAUCUGAUCUGACUGGUCAAAAAUCCAAUUAGUGGCAAAAUAUCUGAUUGGUCAAAAGUCAAAUUAGUGGCAAAAUAUCUGAUCUGAUUGGUCAAAAGUCCAAUUAGUGGCAAAAGAUCAGAACUGGGCUGCCUGUGUAAAUGCAUACGUUCAUAAUCAGACUGAAGUGGGUUCAUAAUCAGUUAAUGCACAGUUGUCCUAACUCUAACAUGUUCCUCCUUUAUCUCCUCAGAGUUGUGCAGAGGAUGAAGAGGAGGAAGGGGAAGAGGAGAAAGAGAAGACGUUUGAGGUUUCAAUCUGUCUGUCCUUGUUUCACUAACCCCCAGUCUGAAUCUGUUUGAAUCUGUCUGAACCCAGUCUGAACCUGUCUGAACCCAGUCUUUGCCUUUAGGCUGGAUAGAUAUCUGACUUGUGAAUGAUGAGACAGGAUUUUAAAUCAACAGCACUGGCUACAACAGAUAACUAACUUCCCAUGUCUACAGUGUCAGCUAACAAAGAACAGGCAAUGGUUGAAAUGUUGUCACUGUCGUCGUCACUGUGACAGCCAUGUUCGAUUUAAACCUUUCAGUAGCAUAUAUUUUAUACAAUCAGAUUUGUCCUUUUGUAUCCAGCAGCUAUAAGAUCAUUGAUGUUGUCACUUUCCUGUGAGAUGUGUGAAUGUUUCUCUAAGAUGAUGUUUUAUUGUGUAUUUGAACCCCAGGAUUAUAGAUGUUGACAUAUUAACUAUGAGACAGGUUUUUAAUGAACAACAACUACAGCUUACUGCAUGUCUGACCCUGGGCCAUAGCUAGGUAGAGAGAGUUUGGCUAUUGUGUAUGAUCAUUAUAUGAGCUGACAUUCCCCCUUUGGGCCCACAGGAGAAGGAGAUGGAGAAACAGAAGAUCUUGUACCAACAGGCCAGACUGCACGCCCGCGGGGCUGCUGAGAUGGUGCUACAGAUGAUCAGCGCCAGUAAAGGUGAGAAUGUUCUUUUAUCUACAGGUGUAACUUCAGGGGCCUUGUGUACUACACAGCAUGUUGACCCUCAAAUAAAUAUUUUAUCCAAACUUGCAGUGGAAUAAGCUCGCAAACCACAAUCGAAGUCUCGUUUUAGCCGUCUGUCUGCGGCUAGCAGUGUGCUAACAACUUGGGUGCUCAGUCUACUCCUCUCUGUCCCCAGGUCGACUAGGUCCUAUGGUGACCUGCACCCUCAAACUGGGCAUCUCCAUCCUCAACGGAGGCAACGUGCUGGUUCAGCAGGUUAGACUACAUUACAUUACCAGAGAUAUAUUACUGUGUAUGUUCCACAUCAUUACCAGAGAUGUGUUACUGUGUAUGUUACACAUCGUUACCAGAGAUGUGUUACUGUGUAUGUUACACAUCGUUACCAGAGAUGUGUUACUGUGUAUGUUACACAUCGUUACCAGAGAUGUGUUACUGUGUAUGUUACACAUCGUUACCAGAGAUGUGUUACUGUGUAUGUUACACAUCGUUACCAGAGAUGUGUUACUGUGUAUGUUACACAUCGUUACCAGAGAUGUGUUACUGUGUAUGUUACACAUCGUUACCAGAGAUGUAUUACUGUGUAUGUUACACAUCGUUACCAGAGAUGGAUUACUGUGUAUGUUCCACACCGUUACCAGAUUUGUAUUCCAUCUUCACAUCUUACCAAGAGUUUCUGUGCAUGAAAACAUUAGUUUUUUUAAUUUCCAUUGUUUUGCAGAAAAUGCUGGAUUACCUGAAAGAGAAAAGAGACGCAGGCUUUUUCAAGAGUUUAUCAGGCCUCAUGCAGUCCUGCAGGUAACCGUGACUACGCCACCCGAAUAACCCAGAGGACAGAUCUCGUCUGGGAACUGCCUGGAAAUGAUGAUAGACUUCUGAUCAACUUCUGAUCAAUUAAAAUACUGUAAUUUAUUGAUAAGCAUGUUGGUUAUACCCAAUGACAUGAUGAAGGGACCCUCAUUGUCCUAUCACCACUGUUUACUGUCAUUCUUAUUCAUUAGCCCUGCUGCUCUACUGUGUUUCUCUUUGACCAUGUCUCUUUUCGUCCUACCCUCCACAGUGUCCUGGACCUAAAUGCCUUUGAGAGACAGAACAAAGCGGAAGGUCUGGGGAUGGUGACAGAUGAAGGCUCCAGUAAGUUUAGCCAG